AUGCCAACUUUUGCUUCUACUAGUUCAAGAUCAGUUCCAAUUUUGGACGCUGAUGAGGUUGGAAAGCAACUUGACUUGGAUCCAAGAACUGUGGAGUGGUUACGGAAAGAGCCUGCAAAUGAUGAUGACCCUAUUCUAGUAUUAAACUACCAAAAUGCUUUUUUGAACAAUGGAAAUUUCGAUGUGAACAAGCAGAUAGUGUCAACCGCAUUAACCAAUUUGGGUGCUACUCAUAUAAGCGAUAAUGUGUAUAAAUUUGAUGAUUGGCAAACAAUGCAUGCCGCUAAGCAUAGUAUGUGGGUAGAUAUGCCGUGGUGUUUUUUUCAUCCACAUCUUGCCACAGCUCAACAACUUAACAUCAGUCAGCAGCCGACGAUCACAACCACAGCCAUUAGUUGGUUUACAGAAACAACAGGCAAAUUGACUAUACAGCCGUAUGAAUUCUUUGAAUUGUAA